GACUUCUUUUAUAUACAGCCCGCUUUCAUAAGAACGCUCUAGUGAACAGUGCAGACUUUGACGCUGACAUAGUUUCCCGGGGAGCCUGUGACAGCUGGCGGAAGUGCGUCACUGGCGCGGCGAUUUGAUUUUCCCGGUCUCUGUAGAGAAGUGAGUUGUCUGCGGCGGAGGAGUCAGAGUGCUCCGGCUCUGAGGCGGAGGAGUCGGGGUUUAUGGAGCGGUACGUGCUGCUCAUUUACUGGCAGAGACAGACUGAGAGUUCCCGGGAGUCACAGCAGCAGGAGCCGCCGCUACCUUCAGGAUUAGCCGACGUGAAGGACUUCUAUACGCACCUGAAGGAGCAGUGCACCCUACACACAGACGCCUUCCCCGGUUGUUCCUUAGCUGGAGAACCGGGAACAAGGAAAUGUUUUUUUGCCAUCCAGGCCACCAACGGCAUUACCCAGUACUCCAGUCCUGACUGGGAGGAUUUGUGCCCCUGCUCGGUCUCUGACAGUGAGGAGCAGCCCUCGAGCACCAUAGACGACUGUAUAUGUGCACUACAGAGCCCAGAGGAUGAUGAGGAUGACUGCAGCAGCAGGGACUCUGUGUCUCAGGCGAGCUUAUUUCAAGAAUCUGCAGAAUUGAUCCAUCAGCUGUCGGACAAGCUCCCUGCGCCAGGCCGAGUGCUGGUGGACGUCCUGCUGAUAUCUCCGAAUGUUCCAAAACUGAAGGAGUGCGUCCUUGCAGUGGGGGCAAUAAAACAUCUGAAGGAGUGGCAUGCUGCCAAGAUCACCAUUGUCACCAGAGAGCGCAGAGGGUGGCAAAAAAUUUCUAAUUAUCUGUCAGCGAAUGUAAUCACUCCUGACGGCCUGACCAGUGCACUAGAUCCACAGGAGUUCUGGAGAGGCUCAGUGGAGAUCAGCGAGCAAAAGUUUACUUCUGAGGUGGAAUUCCAAGACUUCUGCAUCAGAUCUUGCUGUGAUGUCGGUUCUCAGUCACGUUUUCUCAAACUGAGCGAUGCGUGUAAAAAUCAGCACGAUGGAAACCAAAAGUCCUUGCUACCAGAGGUUUUUCAUUACUAUGGGUUGUCCCUGGAAUUCAUACAGAUGGUGUCCUUGUCAGAACUACCUCCUUACUUCAUAUCAAGCUGUGUCUAUGAGCUAUGUCUGACAAGAAACUCUCUUCAAGGAAAAUCAAAGCUGAUGUUGGGUCAGCUCUGCUCCAUGAAUGACAAGGUAGGGGCUAUAUUUAUGCUCUCCUGCAACGUCUGCAGCCAUCCUCUGCCACCUGCGCUCCAGCGUAGCUCAAAGAAAUGGAAAGAUUAUAUGUCCAGAAAGCCAAAAGAAAUCCAAGCUCCAGGGAUCGAGCUGAAAGGCGAGUACUGCAGCUACUAUUUCCUAAUUCAGGGGAAAGACAAUGGAGUCUGCAAGGCGACAAUGCUUCAUUCCGCCGGUCAGAUUAAUGGCGCAGCUUCUCUUGUUUUGUUGCAUCGACGCCUUCGGGAUAAGCCCAACACAGAUGAAUCAAAUUUUAGUGCAUUGAAGACUCUCCCACAUUACCAUGGUGAUCACCUUAUGAAGAGAGAAAAAUGUUUGGCUGAAGCUCAGGCUUUAGUUGUCAAAGAAUAUCUCCAAAGACAAGAAGCUGGCCAACCUGUUAACUCCUUAAAAGCCUUGCUAAAGCUUACCCGGGAAAGUGUGCUGAGAACAUUUGAGAGCAAACUAAGGAACACAGACUUCAACCAGGACUUGAAAUCAAGUCUAUAUAGAGCGCCCCCUUCAGGCUCUGAUGCAAGCUCAUUAUUUAAUAUGAAUUCAUCUGAAUGGCCGGAAAGAAAUGUUCUGCAGAAUUUGGAAAAUUUUGAGAAAAUAAAGCAGAGAAUUAGGGCCUCUAUUCUCUCCAGUUCAGCAGAUCAUCUUCUUGGCCGGAAGGACAUUCAGAAAGAAGGGAUUACUCUCCUGGAUGCUAAAGAGUUACUGAAAUACUUCACUCCACAAGGUGCAGCAGUUGGCGAGCUCCAGCCUUUGCAGGUUCAAAGAGGUGAGAACACUUUCCUGUUAACUCCAGAACUUACCCCUCGGAAACUGAGAGCUCUGCCUUUUGACAAAGCGUCAGCCUGUCAUUACCAUGGACUCGAAUAUUGCCUUGAUAACAGGAAAGCUCUGGAUCGGGACGUAGGAUUUUCAGAGCUUCAGUCUCGUCUGAUUCGCUAUGAAACCCAGACGACCUGCACACGAGAGUGCUGUCCUAUCCCUUUUGCCCUGAGCCCUCUUCCAUCUCCUGCGGUUCUCUCUGAGCCAGGAAGUGUUCCAGAUGGAGAAUCCUUGCAAGGCGCUGACCCCCUGAGGCUGAAGCGCCGUUCCCGGGACUUAGAUGGGUUAAUUGCAAGCAAAAGGCUCGCUAAAUCUGAAAGCUCGGACUCUCUGCUGUCCAUUGCUAGUGAAAGCAGUGGCCCUAAUGCAAGCACCAAAGUGAGCAGGCCUCGAUCAGAAAGGGUAGCGCCAAUGUCCUCCUCAGUCAGACCGACCUCCAGAGAUCGGGGCACAUCUUUAAGCAGCAAUUCGACCCAGCCACAGCAAAGUACGAAUCCUAAUACAGAGGUCAAGGAGUCCAGGUCUCAGAAACACAAUCGGAUGCUGAGGGAGGUGGUUUGUAAAACUCUUCUCAAACAUGGCAUUCAGGAGGGGCACCUGUGCUACGCGGCCUGCCUUCAGCGUCUCUUUGACAUCUCCAAGUUCUUCCUAAAGGAUCUAAAGACUUCAAGAGGCCUUCAUGACGAGAUGAAGAAAGCUGCGAGUAACAAUGUUAAGCAGGUUAUCCAAUGGGAACUGGACAAGCUGAAGAAAAAGUAGCCACCUGAUGAUGUGUGAUAUAUUUAUUUGUGUGAUUGUAGAUUGACUUUUCCUUUAUUAAUAAACCGUUCACCUUCUCU